AUGGCAAACACAAAAUCACGACACGAAUGCUCAAAAAGAGUCGAAAUACGAAAAGACUCCUUUCCUCUACUACUGCUGCUGCUGCUUACUGCUACUGCUACUACUACUGCUACUGCUGCUGAGAAUCAGAACAAUAAUCCUCAGCAUCAGCCAGGCGAUGGAGGCCUCGGCUUGGGCGCUCUUUGUUGGGCGAUGCUUCGGAAGAAGCUGGACAAGCGGAUCGAGCUGAGGCGAUCGGAUUGGACAGGACCUCUCAAUGACGAGCAGGUGCAGUACGCUGCAUGUGACGCCUUCGUGGCUGUCGAAAUUAUGGAGGAGAUGCAUGCUCGACAUUGCGCACCGCCCACAACGAUUCGCGAAUGGUGCAGCGACCUCAUCGACAAGCUGCCCAAAGGAGGCUUGCAGCCCCGGCGCACGGGGCCAAAGAAGCCUCCGAAGGCUGUCGUGCACGCCCCAAAGCGCCAGACCUUGUUGUACGGUGGGAUCAAGCUCCUCUCCCCGAAAGGCCUUCACCUUGCGAACGUCUCCCAUGCCAAAGCUGCGUGGUACGUCAAAAUGGGCCUUGCGCACAACGUGGAAGGCGCUUCUUCGGAGGUGCUGAGCACGGUGAAACUGAACUUCGAGCCGAAGGGCGUCGGCCAUGCGGGGGAUGCCUUCUACCUGCAGGUCAUGGAGAACCAGUGCGUUGGCUGCGGAGCCAAGGACCACCUGGUUCGCUUCUCCAUCGUGCCUCACGUUUUCCGCGCGUUGCUUCCACGGCGCUUCAAGGAGCACUCGAGUCAUGACAUCGUCCUGCUUUGCCACAGCUGUUACAUUCCAGCCUCGACCGCAUCCCAGAACCGCCGCCAGCGUUUGCUGGCAGAUGCUGGGCAGCGCGACGCCUCGGCACCCGGGGCCAAAGGACGCUUCAGGGUGGACGAGUGCAAGCUGCGUGCGCGCGGGGCCGCCGCUGCUUUGCGCCACGCGUUGCCGAACGAGGUGCGGGAGGAGAAGGAGGCCAUCCUCCGAGACUUCCUCGGCAAACUGCCAGGUGCAGCCUUGACGAAGGAAGAAGUCGAGCAAGUCAGGGUGCUUGAUGUGAAGGAAGCAGUCGAAGGCUACGUUUCGCCGGAGGUGGCCUGCGCGAAGCACCUUCGGAUCACGGAGGCAUGCACGGAGGAUGCGGAAUCUUCGGAAGCAAGGUGCUUCCAGUUUGUCUUGGACUGGCGGCAGACUUUCCUGGACAGCGUGAAGCCCCAGUACCUCCCAGCAGGGUGGGACUUGCACCGCAGCAUCCGAAAGCACGACGACCUCUUCGGGGUCGGGCAAGUCGGCCCAGCUGCAGAGGUCCUGACUUUGGAUUCAGACUUGGCCCUCCUGGAGGCUUUAAAGUGCCAACCUAUGUUGCUGUCCCUUCAGGAAGCCAGUCUCAGUGUGACAUUACGGGAGGCACUGAGCGGCAAGAAUUUGAGCAUUCGUGCGGCCUUUGACAUCUUCGACACGGACAAGAACGGCUCGCUAGUCGGGCCCCCAGUGCCUGAACCCCAAAGGGAGCCCCAAACGUCUGUGGAGGACAUGGUGGAGACUUGGGCUGCGCUGUAUCACCUCGGGCUACGAGGGAUCUCCGCCGACCAGGCUGUCCGAGCGGAAUUCUUGUUGACGUUCGGAUUUACUGCUCUGCAUAUUAUGUAA